CACAGCGAGAGCUCAGAGGGCGCGGCGAAAGAAGGGGAGGGACCACGCCCCGCCCCCUCGCUCUCGUCAGUUGUGGGGGCGGGGCUCAGAGGGGGCGGGGCGGCUGUGUCAAUACAGCGGCUGUUGCAGUGGCGGUGGAGGGUCGCGUCCGCCCCGGAGCCUGCGCGCGUCCUCGCCGGGCCAUGGAGUGCGAUGAGCGAGACGGGCGGCGGCGCAAGGUGGAGGCCGGCCGGGCAAAGCUUGCUCAGUUCCAACAAAGAAAAACAAAAGGCGACAGUUCGAGUUCGAAGAAAAAGGCGUCGAAGAGGAAGAGCGCGGCUGUCCAUGCGGCUGUCACGGAGAAGGAGGAGGAGCAUGCGGUAGCGUCCCUGGACGGGGAGCUCCCUUCGGACCUGGAGCAGAGUGUGGAAAGCAGGGCGGGCAGUAGCUCCACGGAGGGGGGAGCUGGUGCCCUGGACGCCAAGGCUGAGAGGGAGCUUGCCAGUUUGGGAACACAGAAGAAGCCAAUUACUGAAUUAGCUGGACAGGAACAAAUAUUUGAAGACAGCAGGUCGUCCUUAGCCACAGAUCGCAGGGAGUGUGAAGUGCCGAGGGCUCAGGGCAAGAUUAAGAUGCUGGAAGAGAAACUCGCAGGCAAGCAGGAGGCUGUUGACCUGCUGAGUCAGCAGGAAUUAGAGAUGGCAGUCCAGGAAAGAGACAAAAUCAUCGUCCAGCUGACCAGUACCCUUCAGCAGGAGAGGCAGAAUCACGCCCAUGAUCAGCAGGAAGCGCUACUCCUGGCCAGUCAGAUGCAUGAUUUGCAACAUCAGUUACAAGAGAAUAGCGAGCUUCUGAAGAGCAAGAUGCCAGCCAAAGGAAGGUCAUCUCGGCCCCGGCCCCCAGCGGCAUCCCCUCUGCAGUCCCCACCAGAGCCACACACCCCUAUGCAGAAUAUCCAAGAUAAAGAGAAUAAGUUUGCCCAGACGGAAGAACAUUUGGAAAGUGCCAUUCAGGAGCUGGCCCAGGUGAUUGAAGAGAAGGAAGGGACAGUCAGCAGUCUCUGGGACCAGUUAAGCCUUGAUGAGGCCGUAGCUUCAUUACAAUGUGCUCUUUCAGUGAAAGACUCAGAAAUCAAAGAGUUAAAACAGGAAAAGCGAGACUGUGUUGAGAAGUCCCAGGUGCAUCCCCAAAAGGAGGUUUGGAGGCCACUGCAGGAUCUGAGGUGGGAUAUGUUAGAAGAGAAGCCUCAGCUGGAGGUCACAGAAGUGGGAAAGACUUGUGGAGAUGCAGUGGAUGAGAAACACAGGAAAGGAGGCAAGCCCACGAGGCCAGAAGCCCCGCCAGUGACAGGCCCAAGAGACAGGCAGCCACAGAGCCUCGGUGGAAUUAACGUCAAUUUAAAGGGUCAACUCCAAGAGUCAGAUCCGCGUAGAAAUGGCUUGUGUGCCAUUCCAGAGAGCCAGAUGGCAGCCUUUCAGAAGGAAAGAGAUGAGACUGAGUGGAAUGAGAAAGGUAUGCCAAAGGAUCUUAAAAGAAAGCCUUCUUCCACAGAGAUACACUCAGAGGAAUCUUGGGACACCAAUGGUGAUGAGGGAAACUGGGGUGAGGAAGUACAAAAACUUAGCUCCCACAUCCAAGGACUGAAUGGGAAGUUGCUGCAAGAACCUGAGAACAGCCGAGUCCUGCUUCUGGAGCCUGUAGAGGACGUCACUGCCUGGGACACGAAAUCAGGACCGUCAGAACAGGAGGAAAGAGGGUCACAGGGUGUUGUGGAUGCCCAGAAAGCUGAACUUGAGAGGGUUCAAAGUCAGCUGUGCCUCCAGCCAGGAGAGCCACUCUGCCUUGAGUUGGAGUAUCAAACUAUUCUCAAAAGGUGCAGUGUAGGAUCUGAAGAAGAAGAAGAGCAAAGUUUAAGACUUGGCGUGAGUGAGGAUGACACACUCGUUGAAGCUGGCACCAUCGAUGGGGAAACCUCAGGGGAGGGGCUGAUGAUGGAAGGAGCUGGAGACCUGAUGGAGAAAUACCUGGUCUGCACUGAACGAGACCAUUUGAAUGCGUCUGAGACACCGGAAUAUUUUGAUAUAGAAACUGCUUUACAGACUAAAUCUGAGAGAGGGAGUCUGGGCUUCCCAUCAGGUGAGUGGAUUAGUGGCUUUGGUGAGAAAAGGGAUUUCAAUGUUUUGUCAGAAGGAAAUUCUGCUCAAGUAGAAUCACUUGCUGACCCAGUGACGAAUGUCUUCUCUCAAGGAGACUUAAGUGAAAUCUAUGAGGUAAUGGAUGAAGAUAAGAUUUACCUGAUGCAUAGGUGUGUGAAGUUUAAUCAGCUACUUGGGGAAAAGGAAUUGGCACUCAAGAAUUUCUCCCCAGAAGAUCAAAGAGGCUGAAGAGAGAUGGUGGGAGGGUGGACACAGCCUUUCAGUUGGACCGGACCCAGAAAAGAGAAGCUCAUUGUCUUGUGAUGAGAUCCUCCAAAGGCUGGAGGAAGAGGGUGAACAUCAGAUUGAACCUGGGGCUGCAGCUGGUAGCAUCACAGACUUACGAGGCUCAUUUUCAGCAGCUCCCCAGGCUCUUCUCUGGCCUGGGAUGGAUGAGGUCUUCCAGGAGGAAAUGGAGAGGCGAGCAGGGAAAUUGGCCUCCAACUCGAUGCAUCUUGAAACUCUGCAUAGUCAGGAGGCACUGCAAGGCCAGCAUCCGGGUCAGAAAACCACCCUGGAAGAGGCUCUGCUGCAGGAGCUGGAGACCCUGAAGGACGAGAUCGCCAUCAAGGAAAAGCUGUUUACACAAAUGGUUGAAGAAGAAAAUGCUCUGGAAAAAAGUUUUUCUAAAGAUCGGGAAAAUCUUGAGGAAAACAUACUUGAACUUACUGAGAAAAUAAAAUGCUUGCAAAAAGGACAGGGGCAUGAAAAAAAGAGAAUUUGUUGGACAAUCUGAAUUUGCUCCUUCAGAGAGCCAGAAACUUGAUGCUGAAAUAAAGGCAAAAGAACCAGAUUGCACACGAACAGAAAAUAACCCAGCUCAGCCAAUGAUUUCCUUGAAGAAUGCUCAGGGAGAGCUGGGGUGGUGGCUCCAGGACACGGCGCAUAAAGCCGCCCGGGUUCUGGAGGACAUCCGUUCUGUGCUGAGCAGCCGCUAUGAGAAACGGGUGUGUCAGAUGCAGCAUCAGCAUGAGGCUGAGAGAGCCCAGCUGAGGCGGAGCACCAGAAAGAGGUGGAGAAUAUAAGUGAACAGAUGAAAGAAAAGCUGGCCAGGCAGCAGCGCCAGUGGGAGGAAGAGCGGAAAGAACAGAUUGGCA